UAGAGUGAGGCGAGAGAGAUAGAACACUCAUUCCGAUCGCCGGAGCCAUUUAUAGGCAUCCAUGCCCGUUGAGCAGAAAUGGAGGAUGUGGGGCCGGCGACGCGUCCGAGAGCCGGAGCAGACAUCCGCCUCCUCUUCCUCCGCUGCGGAGGCGGAGGCCGAGGAAGAGAGGUCCUUCGGCAGACGGUGCGGCAGUCUCGUGAAGGAGCAGAGGGCUCGGUUCUACAUCCUCCGCCGCUGCCUCGCCAUGCUCGUCUGCUGGCACGACUGUUCCGAUUCCUAGCUCCGGCCAUCAACUACCGUCAUUAUCAUCAUCAGCGCCUCCUCCUUCUUCACUGCGGCCGUCGCUGCUGUCGCUGCCGCUAUGCCCCUGGCCACCACCGUGAGGAUACUCUCUGAAGUGCCCCCAGAAACAAGUAAACAGGAGUUGUGGAUAUAUAAGAUUAGAAAGAAGAACUGCUUCUUUUUCUAGUCAAGAGAACCAUUUGUUAUAUUUACUCUAUUAUUAAUGAACAUGAUCUGCUAUAACUUCUGCAA